AUGGGGUAUGUUGAUGGUUCGAUCCCUUGUCCAUCUCAACACGGUUCGACCUCUGAUGAAUCUGGUAUCACUUCUUCUUCUCCAACUGAUGAAUAUAUAGUAUGGAAAAUGCAUGACAGAGCUAUUAUGCAAUUGAUCACUACAACAUUAUCACCUAUUGCUAUGUCCUCUGCGAUUGGUAGCACUAGCUCCAAGGAUUUGUGGAUUAGGCUAAAGGAACGAUUUUCCACUGUAUCUCGGACUAGCAUUUUUCAGAUGAAAUCUAAUUUGCAAACAAUUAAAAAGGGUUCUGAUUCGAUAUGUCAAUAUCUUCAUCGCAUUAAAGAAGCUAGGGACUCUCUUUCUGCUACUAGGGUAUACUUUGCGGAUGAAGACAUUGUCAUUCUUGCCUUGAAUGGACUACCUGCUGAGUAUAACACCUUCAGAUGUGUUAUAUGGGGGCGUGAAAGUGUGAUUUCCCUAGAAUAUUUUCACUCACAGUUACUUGCAGAGGAAACCAUUGUUGAACAUUCAGUUAAUACUCCUCUUAAGACAGCUAUGGUUGCUAAUACAAGUUCCACUUACACAAAAGGGCCUCCUUUUCAGCCUCAAAGUUUCUCACUGACUCAUGGUCAAUCUCAGGUGGCCACUAGAGGUUUUACACCUUAUAAUGGGAACAAGAACAAGGGUAAAGGCAGAUUCACUCAGGGAUCUAGAUUUUAUAAUUCUAGACCAGUGUUUUCCCCUAUGGCACAUGUGCUUCCCAACUCUAAUCCUGGAGUUCUUGGUUAA